AUGCAAUUGCACCCUCGCUUCUUUGGGCGCAACCUCCGCGAGAAUAUUGUCUCCAAGCUCAUGAAAGAUGUCGAGGGCACUUGCAGUGGUCGACAUGGAUUUGUGGUGGCAAUAACAGGCAUUGAAAACAUUGGGAAAGGGUUGAUCCGUGAUGGGACGGGAUUCGUAACAUUUCCGGUGAAGUACCAGUGUGUUGUGUUCAGGCCAUUCAAGGGAGAGAUUUUAGAAGCUGUUGUUACCAUGGUAAAUAAGAUGGGAUUUUUUGCUGAAGCUGGGCCAGUUCAAAUCUUUGUUUCAAACCAUUUGAUACCGGAUGAUAUGGAGUUCCAGUCUGGAGAUAUGCCAAACUAUACAACUUCAGAUGGAUCGGUUAAGAUUCAAAAGGAUAGUGAAGUCCGAUUGAAGAUCAUCGGAACACGUGUUGAUGCCACUGAAAUUUUCUGCAUUGGCACCAUAAAGGAUGAUUUCUUGGGGGUUAUAAAUGAUCCUGCAAAUGCUUAG